ACUUCACUGCCUAAUUAAUAUAAAUCGCCAAACCAUGCAUAUCCAUUCAUUCUAUCGAUGAACGAAACCAUUUUUAAUUCUUCUCCAACAUAUGUGCCCUGCUUGUCUUUUUCCUUUAAAUUAAUUGCAUACACCGCAGCUCUCCUCCUCUGCAAUUCCAUGUCGGCGCCUAUACUAUAAGUACAUGCAUAUGCGGCUCUUAUUAUAUAACUCCUCACUUCGUCGCGACUUAAAUUAGAGAGAGCGAGAUGGAGAACCUGAGAGAAUAUGCCGGCAUGUUUCCGGAGUGGGAGUACUCCGUCGGCGGCGGAGAUGCGUGUGGGACGGAGGCUGCGCCGAUGAUGACCAGAGAGAGGGAGAUGGAGGUGAUGGUGUCCGCUCUGAGGCGGGUAGUGUGCGGCGGCGAGGAUAACGAUUUGGUGAGUCAAUUCAUGACGGUGGAUGGUACCAAGGGAUCCUUCUCCUCGUCCACCUCACCAUCUUCAGCCGGACAAAAGAGGGGCCGCCGUGGCAGUGGAGGUGGCGGGACGACUAAGUCGGCGUCGUCAAUAUUGGCCUGUAAUGAAGAAGGAUUUUUUCCCCGUGGGGAAUUUGCCGCUGCUCAUGACUCUGCACCAGCUGCCGCUGCCGCUGCAGGGUCCUCAUCUUUGAACAGAGAAGGAUCAUUCAUUCUUUCCACAGAAACGUCUAACGCAGCAGCGAAUCCCCAGCCAAAGUUCCGUAUCCUAAACUACACAGAAGGAGGAGAAAGAGAAGAGCCAACAGUAGAAAGAAAGUAUAGGGGAGUGCGGAAGAGGCCAUGGGGCAAAUGGGCAGCUGAAAUCAGAGAUCCUCACAAGUGUACCAGAGUUUGGUUGGGUACAUUUAGCUCCCCCGAAGCUGCGGCCAGAGCCUACGACCGCGAAGCUCUAAAAUUUAGAGGCAACAGGGCGAAGCUUAACUUCCCCGAGAACGCCGUCCUCCCGUCCUCGUCCGCCAAUUCUACUCCGGCGAUCCAGUACUCCGGCGCCCCGCCUCCUUCGAUCCUUCUCGAUCCCUUCACCAGUACUUCUUCUGAUCCCAUGCCCGUCGUCCAUCCUCAGUCGCUUCUUCAUCAGGGAAGCCCUAAUUUGCAGCGCUCUAUGAGUUCUUCUAGUCAGCUUCUUGAUCAUCAAUAUGGAAUGUUUUUGUCACCUCAUCAAAUGGCUGCUUCUUAUGGGUCUUCUUCUUCUUCAUCUUCUUCUUCCCCUUCUUCUUAUUCUUCUUCACUUCCCCCUUCUUCGUACUCUCAUUCUUAUUCCUCAGUGCCGCCUACCUUCUCCAUGUUUUCUUCGGCGGACCAGCUGCCGCCGGCUCCUUCUGAAGAAGGAGGAUGUUUUCCGGAGACAUCCUGGCUGAAUGCCGGCGACCAAGUUCCUUUUCUAUUUUAUGAGUAAUCAUUGGCUAGCUGGCUAUAUGUGAGUUUUAGGAGGUGGCAUCAUCAUGCAAGUUCCCUUUAAAAAGUUACUACUUCUGUAGGUUCUUAAAUUAAAUCUUCUUAAUUGUACUGUUUUGUUCUUCAAUAUAAUAGAAGCACGUGUACAAGAGAUGAUAUUUCAUUUUAUAUGAAUGGAUUCCAUAACUUUUAUUUA